GCCGCCCCCCUCCCCCUCCUCCUCCUCCUCCUCCUCCUCCUCCUCCUCCCAAGCACCGCCGCCGCCACCGCCGUCGUUCCAGGACAAGACAAGAGGAGAAAGACCAUGUAUGAUAACUACAGAAAUCCUCAUCCUCCCGGGAUGCAGAUGCCCCCACCAAACACUCAGCCUGGCCCUUACGACAAUCCAUUGUAUGGCGCAAGCUCGGGUCUCAUCAAAACUGGGUUAGGAGUCUACGGGGAGAAGUUCCUCGGCUCAAGUUCAGAAUUCAUGCACAGCAAUAUCAGUAGGUACUUCUCCAACCCACAGUACUACUUCCAUGUGAAUGAUCAGUAUGUCAGGAACAAGUUGAAAGUCAUACUGUUUCCGUUCCUUCACAGGGGGCACUGGACACGGAUAAGCGAGCCUGUAGGUGGCCGGCUGUCGUACAAACCUCCAAUGUACGACAUAAAUGCGCCAGAUCUGUACAUCCCUUUCAUGGCGUUCGGUACCUUCAUAAUUCUCGCAGGCUUCACACUAGGCUUCAUGGGGAAGUUCACUCCAGAAGCGAUAAAUCUCCAGUUCACAAGAGGGCUGAUCGGAUGGGGCCUACAGAUCGUGUUCCUGAAGGGGCUCCUCUACUCGAUGGGCGGGGGUGAGGUGCCGCUGCUCGACCUGGUGGCCUACAGCGGGUACCUGUUUGCGGGGCUAUCACUAGCCAUCGUCGCUCGGCUCCUGUGGGCAUACUCGUACUACGUGAUGAUGCCGUGGAUGAGCCUGUGCAUGGGGAUCUUCCUGGUGAGGACGAUGAAGCGGGUGAUAUUCACGGAGAUGCGGGGCAGCGAGAGGCACUCGACGCGGCAGCACUACUUCCUGCUCUUCAUGGCCAUCGUGCAGUUCCCCCUCUUCUUCUGGCUCGGCAGCAUAGGCGCAUGAGACGGGUAGUCUUGUCUGUAAUUUUGGCACUAGAAAAAACAGCCACCUGUGAAGCUUAGGCGCAUUCGGUAUAGCAUAUCCAGUAGCCUGUGCAGGCUCUCUGAGCAUCAUCAUAUAUGUUUUAUUGACAGGGUUUUGUGUUUGGCUUUGUAUAAAGUUGUGAAUUUUGCAGUUGGUCACCAUUUUGUAGAAUGUUUGUUGGAAUAGUCUCAUUAGUUAUAUGCAUAUUUAUAGUUUCUGUUA